GAUGGUGUUGCUAUUUAUUCUGGUCAACAAGUUCAGUCGUCGCUUGAUAUAAAGGACAGCACCCGUGCCACACUUCCACGGCGAGCGAGGGCUGGCCAGUGUCUCACAGAGGUCUCCGGGCUCUUUUAUACGAGAGGUUGGGCUCCAUAUAGGUCGGGCUUUGCAUAUGUGUAAUCAAACCAAUGAGAAUCCCCUGCGCGUCUGGCACACGGCAGAGCAACAAACUCUAGGAAGAAGAGAAGCGUAAUUUAGGGGGUGUAUCCCUUGUUUAAGACGCUGUUAUGGCAAAGCCAAUCGCCAGAUGUUUGUGUUCCUCACUCAGAUUUUGAGACUAAGCAGAACGCCGGGUUACUACGCGGAGGCUGACUCGCGUAUCCAAGCCACUUUUAGGCAAAGUGUAGCUACACGCGAGCUCUCUCGCCCACUUUACGCACAGGAUUACGCCCGUUUGCUCGUCUGUUUCACGGAGCUGCAACGUUUUUUCUCUCAUUCUUUAACAGGCUGAAGGAAAUGGCAAAGGAGAGAGGAGCGCGGCUGGGAGAGCGCAGAGGAAACCAGAGCUGAAUGGCAGGAUGCAAGCGACCUGAAGACGCACAAAAACCCGCAUUUCUACAGCUCUCAGACCCUUUUACGCGUUCUUUUGGUUUCCUUCCUUCCAAACGAGAGGAAUUACCCCUAGACGACCAUUUAAGGAUUUUCUUUUUUCUUCAUUUUUCGAAUUUGUAUUAUUUUCACACACACAACUCAAGGAUUCGAGGAUGCAUUGUGGAUUAGUGUUGAUCCUCUUUACGGGAAUCUUUCUCAUCGUCAGUGCUUUCAAAAAUGACAAAUGUGGGGACAAUAUCAGAAUCACUAGCGCAAAUUACCUCACUUCACCCGGUUAUCCGGUGUCUUACUACCCGUCUCAGAAAUGCAUAUGGGUGAUUACAGCUCCAGGACCGAACCAGAGGAUUUUGAUCAACUUCAACCCACACUUUGACCUGGAAGACAGAGAGUGCAAAUAUGACUAUGUGGAAGUGAGAGAUGGAGUGGAUGAGAGCGGGCAGCUGGUCGGGAAGUAUUGUGGGAAGAUCGCUCCCUCUCCUGUGGUCUCCUCUGGGAACCAGCUCUUCAUCAAGUUUGUGUCUGACUACGAGACCCACGGCGCUGGCUUCUCCAUCCGCUAUGAGAUUUUCAAAACAGGUCCAGAAUGUUCCAGGAACUUCACCUCCAGCAGUGGAGUCAUCAAGUCGCCCGGCUUUCCGGAGAAGUACCCCAACAACCUGGACUGCACGUUCAUGAUCUUUGCUCCCAAAAUGUCGGAGAUCGUUCUGGAGUUCGAGAGCUUUGAGCUGGAGCCAGACACGCAGCCACCCACUGGAGUGUUCUGCCGCUACGACCGCCUGGAGAUUUGGGACGGUUUCCCUGGAGUUGGUCCAUACAUUGGUAGAUACUGUGGACAAAAUACUCCAGGGCGGAUCAUAUCCUACACUGGAAUCUUGGCUUUGACAAUCAACACAGACAGUGCUAUUGCAAAAGAGGGAUUCUCAGCUAAUUUUACUGUGCUGGAAAGGACAGUCCCAGAUGACUUUGACUGCACAGAGCCUUUGGGUAUGGAAACUGGGGAAAUCCAUUCCGACCAAAUCAUGGCCUCAUCCCAGUACAAUCCCAGCUGGUCUCCAGAACGAUCUAGACUCAACAACCCUGAGAAUGGUUGGACCCCUGCGGAGGACUCGAAUAAAGAAUGGAUCCAGGCUGAUCUUGGAUUCCUCCGCUUUGUCUCGGCGAUCGGCAUACAGGGAGCCAUCUCUCAAGAGACCAGCAAGAAGUACUAUGUGAAGUCCUACAAGGUGGAUGUCAGCUCAAACGGAGAAGACUGGAUAACUAUUAAGGAUGGCCCAAAACAGAAGAUUUUCCAAGGAAACACCAACCCUACCGAUGUAGCGAAAGCCAUGUUCCCCAAACCCACGUUGACGCGAUACCUCCGGAUCCGACCUUACACCUGGGAGACUGGCAUUGCCCUUCGCUUCGAAGUGUAUGGAUGCAAAAUCUCAGAGUACCCAUGUUCCGGAAUGUUGGGAAUGGUCUCAGGCCUUAUCGCAGACUCUCAGAUCACAGUUUCGUCCCACACCGAGCGCACCUGGGUGUCAGAGAAUGCCCGUCUGUUGACCAGCCGUUCGGGAUGGACGUUGUUGCCGCAGCCCCAGCCCUAUGUGGAUGAGUGGCUUCAGAUAGAUCUGGGUGAGGAGAAAUUGCUCCGAGGUUUGAUCAUCCAGGGUGGCAAACACCGUGAUAACAAGGUAUUCAUGAAGAAGUUUCGGCUGGGCUACAGCAAUAACGGAUCUGACUGGAAAAUGGUGAUGGACGCUACCGGCAACAAGCCCAAGAUAUUUGAGGGGAAUUUGAACUAUGACACGCCAGCAUUGAGGACGGUGGAGCCUACACUGACACGCUUUGUUAGGGUGUACCCAGACAGAGCCACUCCUGCUGGGAUGGGAUUGAGAUUGGAACUCCUGGGCUGUGAAAUGGAAGUGCCUACAGUGCCCCCUACUACUCCCGCUUCCUCCACCACGCCAUCGGACGAGUGUGACGAUGACCAGGCCAACUGCCAUAGCGGAACAGGUGAUGACUACGACCAGACAGGCGGAACCACCGCGCCAGAAACGACCACAGAGAUGAGCACCGUUCCAGGUGAGAAAGCGUUCCUGUGGUUUGCCUGUGACUUUGGCUGGGCCAACGAUCCUUCAUUCUGUGGCUGGAUGUCAGAGGACAGCGGUUUCAGGUGGCAGAUCCAGUCUAGCGGCACCCCGACUCUAAACACCGGCCCAAACAUGGACCACACUGGCGGAUCAGGGAACUUCAUCUACACGCUGGCAACAGGUGCUCAGGAGACAGAAGUGGCUCGGUUAGUGAGUCCGUCAGUGUCAGGCCAGGACUCGGAUCUGUGCUUGUCCUUCUGGUACCACAUGUUUGGCUCUCACAUUGGCACGCUACACAUCAAACAGCGCAGAGAAAGCAGCCAGGGCUUAGCUGAUGUCCUGCUCUGGACGGUCAGCGGUCAUCAAGGCAACCGUUGGAGGGAGGGCCGCGUGCUCAUACCACACUCCAAUAAACCCUAUCAGGUGGUAAUUGAAAGCGUAGUGGAAAGGAAGAGUUGGGGAGACAUUGCUGUGGACGACAUCAAAAUCUUAGACAAUCUGAACAUGGCCGACUGCAAGGACCCAGAUGUUCCAGCAGAGCCAAUUCUACCUGAAGACAACUUCAAUGAAAUCAUUGUGGACAUCACAGACUUCCCUGAGAUUGUGGAGAACCACGAGAUCAGCGGAGCCGGAAACAUGCUGAAGACGCUGGACCCCAUCCUCAUCACCAUCAUCGCCAUGAGCGCGCUGGGAGUCUUCCUGGGCGCCAUAUGCGGCGUGGUCCUCUACUGCGCCUGCUCCCACAGCGGCAUGUCCGACAGGAACUUAUCGGCCCUGGAAAACUAUAACUUUGAGCUAGUGGACGGCGUCAAGUUAAAGAAGGACAAGCUCAACUCACAGAACACAUACUCAGAAGCGUGAGGCGCCAACCAAUGAGAGGGAACCUCUCCUCAGGGAGGGCGGGGCUAAAACGGACUGCCGACGCCAUCCGGUUGGAGGAGGACAAGGCUCUGUGGUUCAGCGAACCAAUGGGAGGAGGAGGAGGAGGUCUGGGACUGAGCCAUGCUUUUCUCAGGAGCUGCAGUGAACGGAACCUACCAGUAGGGGACACUGUGUACAAAACAUUGAAUACAAGGAUUUAAAAGAAACAAAAAAAACAAAAUGAAAAAUAAGAAUAUGUACAGAUGAUUGAAAUUAUUAUUUUAAUUUUUUAUUUUAUUGUUUUGUAUUAUUUUUUCGGUUGAUCAUUUUUACAAUCGGAUGCUGGUGUUGAGACCAAUAUAUAAUAAUGUUAUAAAGUAUUUAUCUUUUUUUUUUCUAGGAGGAAAAAAAUCAUUUAUUUUUAUUUUAAAAGAUUGUUUUGCGCUUUAAGGAGAUGUGUAAAAAAAAAAAACCCAAAUGAACCAUAUAUGUCCAAGGGAAGGUAAUUACCCCGCGUUAGGGCGAGGAUCAAAGGGGGGUGGAAAUCAUCCAGCCCUGUUGCAUUCUGGGUAUGGUUCAGUCAGUGCCUUUGGUACAUCUUUUUUGGCCUCCUUUGUUGUUUUUUUGGUGUUUUCAACCCUUUAGUUCUCUCAAAAGCUGUCGGUCGAAUCUGCAAAACAAAUCCCGGUAAAUUCAUAGCGCUUUAAUGUUGAAAUCCUGCAUAUUGUACAUAAGUUUUAAUAUAUUUUAAUGCCCUUUUCAAAGAAACGAGUAAAAGGACAAAAAAGAAAGCUGCAGUAUCCCUUUUUUCUUGGGUUGUAUGUUGUAAAUACAAUCGUCUGACUGUUUUGUGGAAGUGAAACGUGUGCUUUUUCCGUCCUGUUUGGUUAUUUUGCUACGCUCCCAAAAGAUGCAGCCCUUGUUCAAAACAGAUGUUAAUACAAAUCCAGUGCACAUUUCAUAGAGUUUGGCUUUCAUUCACCUGGAUUACAGAUUCAUAAGCGAACAUCAUCAUAUCCUCUAUAAUCAAAGUCAGAAUGUCUGUUUAUCCAGCAUACCAAAAAAAAAAAAAAAAACACACAGAAGAAGAAGAAAAAAUGGCUGAUCAUCAUUGCCUUGAUUGCUUUGAUUUGAUUUGAAGUGAGCGGCCUACGGUUCAACCCUCACGCGUUUCAUCAAAGUGCUUCUUGUUUCACCAUCCGUCGAGCUUGAAUGCAUGUGGUCUUGAAUAAAACUCUCAUUUUUAAGAGUGGUGCUAUUAAAUGUUCUCACGCAUCGCUUGGCAAGCGUUCGACGCCAUCGUGGAGUUCUGUCAUUGGCCUUGUGUCUGUACCAAAGGACUGUUGCCUCAAACUGCAGGGUCCAAUCGCAACAACCCAUUGUCGUGAGACGUCCGGAGACCUCGGCUACGAUGUCAUCCCAUCUUCUGUGAAAGCGUUUUUGUCGCUCAUCGUCAUUCGGUUUUGAUUCUGGACUGCUGGAUGGAUCUGACUUUAGCAAUGACGUACACACGUAGUUUAACCGAUAACAGGGCUUCACUGCUGACAAUACUAAUGUUUUCUACAGGUUUCUUGGUAUGUUCAUGUACUGUGCUGUAUACUGUGGCAAACACUUUUGUUUCCCGUUCCUUUCCGGUAGUUUCCGACGACACGGAUCCACGUGUCGAUGCUACAUGUGUGUCAGCCGAAGCUGUAAAGGUGAGCGGCGUCGGUCGGGAUUCUGUGAGAAAGCAUACUGUAGCAUUAACGAAAAAGAAACAAUGUUGCACUGAUCAAUAUAUUUGAUGAAGUUUAUGUGUUUAUAGCAUUCAUUUGUAAAAAAGACAACUGAAAUAAAAAAGACAGUGUUCAUUUUUUUAAUAUAGUUUCAGAAUGUGUAAUACGAUUCUGAAAUGGUCAAUUAUCGAGAUGUUUUCAUUAUUGAAAAAGGUAUACAGAUUUCCUAUAGUAAAGUUCCCUUUUACCCGACCCGAUUAUCUUUUCGUUUUUGUACUGUCGUUGAAAUUUUGUGCUGAUUUUUUUUUUUUUCUCUCUGUUUUGUUUUCUUUUCCUUUUUUUUACAAGAAGAUGCGGAAGCAAAGAAAACUUUUAUUUUCAAUACUGCCUCUGUAAGUUGCUGUUGUAGGAAGGAAAAAAUGAAUAAAAACAGCAAGGCCUUAAAAUGGA